AUGGACCAGAAGGUGACAACCUUGCGAGAGUGCUUUAAGGAGUUUCUGGCGGUGGAGAACUUGGAGGGGAACAACAAGUGGUACUGUCCUACGUGCAAGGACCAUGUGCAGGCGACGAAGAAAUUUGAUCUGUACAGGUUGCCGAGGAUUUUGGUGAUUCACCUGAAGCGUUUCCAGCAGGCGGGGUACCGCAUCCGCUCGAAGAUCUCAGCGCAGGUGGACUUCCCAUGGCGGCACGAUGACCUAUUGGACCUCACGGACCUGUGCCAGUCGCCGCUGGCCCGGUACCGAUUGUUCGCCAUAUGCAAUCACUUUGGUACACUCUCUGGCGGACACUACACCGCCCGCGCCAAGUCGUUGGUGGACGGGAAAUACGUUUGGCACAAGUAUGACGACUCGCACGUGACCCUGCUUGGUCGUGAAGACCAGCUUAACGAAGACGAGCUCGUCAACCCCUCGGCCUACGUCCUCUUCUACGAGCAAGCCUGA